AUGGAUUGUUGUCCGCCCUCGUUCACUCCCUCUCAGUUUUACGGAAAGAGCAGGUAUCAACAUGCACUCUCAACAGAAAAGAAAGGGAGUUUUAAACGUAAAACCUCUGAAGCUUUUGAAAUAAUUCUGGGACCUACGAACUGUUGGAGGGUCUUCUUCAGGCAGACUGAAGCUUUCAGCUGGGCCAAGAAAACUGCGGAGGAUGUCAUGGUGUUUGCAUUUGAGAACACUGAUCGAGACCCUGCCCUUGCCACAGGGCAGAGACGCUAUCUUGUGACCAGUCUUGAUGUGUUUUGGCAUUAUUACAGUCAGAUGGAGCCCAGUCAAAGACACCACUAUGAAAUCAUCCCUGAAGGUUGGCCAUGCAGGCUGUAUUUUGACCUGGAGUUUCUUAAAAAAUUGAACACUGGCUCUGAUGGCGAGAGAAUGGUUGGUGUAUUGAUUCAGUAUGUUUGUAUGUGGCUGGAGGCUGUGUUCAACAUAGAUUGCGACAGAUCCUGUGUACUAGACUUGGAUGCCAGCACAGAGAGUAAGUUCAGCAGACACCUCAUCUUCCACAUUCCUGGAGCUGUGUUUGCCAACUGUGUUGCAGCAGGAAACUUUGUUCGCCAUAUAUUUGGCCUGCUAGUGAAAUACAUCAAGCUGAAAUCAAAUGAACAGUGCAUUUCACCAGCUGUGCUCUGUGAACAUUGUUGCAGGCAAAGUCUUUGUCAGAUACACCAAGGAUUCUCAAACUGCAUCAAGUCCCAGCCUAGCUUUGUAAACAACUGUGACUUUAGUGAAAUGAGUGAUGAAGAGUUCAUGGCCGCAGCACAAAUAUGCGAUGAAUUUAUUUCUCAGAAUCGUAAUGUUGAGACAGCUAGAUCUAAUGGCAGUGACACUAAUCAUGGUGUUAAUUUUGUUGCUAUACGGUUAAAAACUAAUGAUACUAGUUCUGGUGCUGUUAAAAUUAGAUCUAAUGAUAAUUCAAAAUCUCCCUCUAUAGAGAUAAGAAUGAACGAUUUUAGCUCUAUGGAUUUGAAUAAUGGAACUACUGGUAUUAGUUCUCAUAACUUACAAUCUGGAAUAAAAAAUAACAUUAUCGUGGAAAAGAAGCAAAAUUGCCUGGAGGGUCACAACUGUCCGUCCCCAUAUCCUGAGAUUGAUGGUUUUGUAGAAUCCCUGACCCGGUCACAUGGUUGCCAGGGGCGAGUGCGUCACUGGAUGUGCUUCCGGUCUAGUGAUUCAUUGCUGUAUGAUAUCUCAGGUUGUAGGUGGUGCGGCAAUGUCCAGAGAGAACACCGCAGCAACAAUAUCAUGUAUAUAGUUGACCUGAGACAUGGCGUCUGCUACCAGAAAUGUUAUGACCCUGACUGUCAAGCUAUAGGAUAUAGGUCAGAGGCUGUGGAAAUCCCUUCCAACCUGCUGCCUUCUUCCUACUUUGAGGCUGUCUGGGAAGGUGAUGAUGAUGAAUGGGAAGAUUAUAUGGGCGGCGGCUCGAAUUAUGAUACCAAAGAUAAUAGUGACAUUAACAAGAACAGCUUGGGACGAGAACCAUGA